GGUGAAAGUGUGAAUGGAGGUGUCAGUGACAGCAUUCUCCUUGGCUCAGUCAGCAGUGGGAUGCCAUCCUUAGAGCAUGAGGUUGAUAAGGAGUCUGCCCAUCACUAUUAGUGCAAGGUUUGUGUCUCUCUGCUGUAUUGUCCUGCCCCUGCUUGUUAAUGUCUUUUCAGGUUCCACGGAGCCCUGUUUAUCUGUUAUUUCACCCACCUGUCCUUUGCACACAAGCAGGUCCAGAUCAUGCAAUUUAAGAGAGUUUUACAUCAGAACUCAUGAACCACACUUUUUUCACGACUGAAGAAAUAACACUUUUCCAAAUCCUCCAAGUAAAGGCUAAGGAGUCUUCGCUUGGUCACCUCUUGAAAUUGUGACUUUAUUGAGUAACUACCGUAAGUCAACGUAAACAGGGACCAUCUUAGUUAAUACUUGGUCAUACAAGGUCACCUUUUUCCUAUCAUCAUCCUUCUAUGCUUACCACCACAUACCCAUUCCUGCCAUUGGGAAUACCAUGAGAAAAUACAUUCCACCUUCCUAGCACCCAAGUUUACAUAAUCAGUUCGUAAACUAAGGGCUUUGCAUAGCUGGGCGUCUGGUUCAUGGACUAAAGUUUGAAGUUCAUACUCAUUCAUAAUCCAGCGUAUAUUCUGAAUGGGUGGUUUUAAAUUGGAUUAUGAAGAAAAGGAGCAGAUUUUAAUGGUUUUACAACCCCUAAGCUUUGUAAAUUUCUCUUUCCAUCCAGCAGAAAUAUUCAGGUUGCUUAUCUGUCUUAAAUUGCCAAAGUGUAUGAUCGUAAAUUAAUUAGACGUGCAGGGACAUGGCCUCUGUUUGGGAAUUUGGUCUCUGUAUUAUGUGAGGAGAUGAAAGACUCAGGUUCAGUUUGAAUCAUGUUGGUAACUGCCUACUCUUUUGUUCUUAUACAUAUGCGUUUAUAGUGGUAGAAAUUAAAUUCUUUCAGAGUUCGUCACUAUUCUUGGUUGACUCUUUGGGCAGGGAGAAUAUGUCAGUAAUCCUUUUUUCCUAUUUCUCACAAAUGCUAUAACUUACCUCUUGAGUGUGCCGGCAACUAUAUGGAUUGUCUUCAAUAUAAUAGAAAGGCUCUCACGUGCUUUUUGGAAAAUGCAAUGUCAUGGAGCAAUAUAGAAGAAGAAAGUGAACGUCAAUAUGUGUUGUCUUCGGGAACUUGAGGAUGCCUGAUGCCUUGUCAGAAGCGUUUCACCUGAAGUGGUUUCUUCUUACUCAUCGUGGGUUUGGGUUGGGAAUCCUGGCUGACCUGUUGCCUUUCAGACCAACUCCACAGGUUGAUUGGAACAAAAUGGGAGGCGAUUUACCAAAGGGAAGAGAAACAAAAGAAAAUUAUGGCAAAACUUUGAAGAUAGAGAAUGUCUCCUAUCGGGACAAAGGAAACUAUCGCUGCACAGCCAACAAUUUCUUGGGAUCAGCCAUUCAUGAUUUUCAUGUUAUAGUAGAAGAAAAUGUUGAUGAGCUCUUCAGUUUAUCUCCAGAGCCCCCUCGCUGGACAAAGAAACCUCAGAGUGGCGUGUACAGCACUGGGAGCAGUGGUAUCCUGUUGUGUGAGUCUGAAGGAGAACCUGAGCCCGCAAUCAAGUGGAGAGUCAAUGGUUUCCCAAUUGAGAGAAAUCCAUUUUCUGGUGAUGUCAUCUCCCCCAGGGAAAUCAGUUUUACCAAUGUGCAACCGAAUCACACUGCUGUGUACCAGUGUGAAGCCUCGAACGUCCAUGGCACUAUCCUUGCCAAUGCCAACAUCGAUGUUGUAGAUGUCCGUCCAUUGAUACAAACUGCAGAUGAAGAAAAUUAUGCCACGGUGGUGGGGUACAGUGCUUUCUUACACUGUGAGUUCUUUGCUUCACCCGAGGCAAUUGUGUCCUGGCAGAAGGUGGAAGAAGCAAAACCCCUUGAAGGUGGACGGUAUCAUUUCCAUGAGAAUGGCACGUUACAGAUCAGCGAGACCACAGAAGAAGAUGCUGGCUCCUACUCUUGUUGGGUAGAAAACGCUAAAGGAAAAACAGCAGUCACAGCCAAUUUGGAUAUUAGAAAUGCUACAAAACUUAGAGUUUCUCCUAAGAAUCCUCGUGUCCCCAGAUCACACACACUUGAAUUACAUUGUGAGAGCAAAUGUGACUCACAUUUGAAAUACAGUUUAAAAUUAUCCUGGAGUAAAGAUGGAGAAGCCUUUGAAAUUAAUGGCACAGAGGAUGGCAGGAUAAUUAUUGAUGGAGCUAAUUUGACUAUAUCUAAUGUCACCGUAGAAGACCAAGGUGUAUACUCGUGUUCAGCUCACACUGCUCUAGAUAGCACUGCUGCUAUGACUCAAGUAACUGUCCUUGAUGUUCCGGAUCCACCAGAAAACCUUCACUUGUCUGAAAGACAGAACAGAAGUGUUCGGCUGACAUGGGAGGCUGGAGAUGAUCACAACAGCAAUAUUAGCGAGUAUAUUAUAGAAUUUGAAGGAAACAGAGAGGAACCUGGAAGGUGGGAAGAAUUGACUAGAGUCCAAGGAGAGGAAACAACAGUCAUGUUAUCUUUGGCUCCGUAUGUGAGAUACCAGUUCAGGGUCAUAGCUGUGAAUGAAGUAGGGAGAAGCCAGCCUAGCCAGCCAUCAGACCAUCAUGAAACACCCCCAGCAGCUCCAGACAAGAAUCCACAAAACAUAAGGGUUCAAGCUUCUCAACCCAAGGAAAUGAUUAUCAAAUGGGAGCCUCUGAAACCCAUGGAGCAGAAUGGACCUGGACUGGAGUACAGAGUGACCUGGAAACCACAGGGAGCCCCGGUGGAGUGGGAGGAAGAAACAGUCACAAACCACACCCUGCGGGUGAUGACGUCUGCUGUCUAUGCUCCAUAUGAUGUCCAGGUCCAAGCCGUCAAUCACCUGGGCUCUGGCCCUGAGCCUCAGUCAGUGAUUCUGUAUUCUGGAGAAGACUAUCCUGAUACAGCUCCAGUGAUCCAUGGGGUGGAUGUGAUAAACAGCACAUUAGUUAAAGUUACUUGGUCAACAAUUCCAAAGGAAAGAGUACAUGGACAUCUGAAAGGAUAUCAGGUAAAUUGGUGGAAAACAAAAAGUCUGUUGGAUGGAAGAACAUAUCCUAAAGAAGUAAACAUUCUGAGAUUUUCAGGACAAAGAAACUAUGGAAUGGUUCCUUCCCUAGAUGCCUUUAGUGAAUUUCACUUAACAGUCUUAGCCUAUAAUUCCAAAGGAGCUGGUCCAGAGAGUGAGCCUUAUAUAUUUCAAACACCAGAAGGAGUACCUGAAAAGCCAACUUUUCUCAAGGUCAUCAAAGUUGAUAAAGACACUGCCACUUUAUCCUGGGGACUACCUAAGAAAUUAAAUGGAAACUUAACUGGCUAUCUAUUACAGUACCAGAUAAUAAAUGACACCUAUGAGAUUGGAGAACUAAAUGAUAUCAACAUUACAACUCCAUCAAAGCCCAGCUGGCGUCUCUCAAACCUCAGUGCAACUACCAAGUACAAAUUCUACUUGAGGGCUUGCACUUCAAAGGGCUGUGGAAAACCCGUCACUGAGGAAAGCUCCACGUUAGGAGAAGGGAGUAAACGUGUCGGGAAGAUAUCAGAAGGAGUAAAUCUUACUCAAAAGAUUCACCCAGUAGAGACAUUUGAGCCGGGAGCUGAACAUAUAGUUCGCCUAUUGACUAAGAAUUGGGUUGAUAACAAUAGCAUUUUUGAAGAUGUAAUUGAGACAAGAGGGAGAGAAUAUGCUGGUUUAUAUGAUGACAUCUCCACGCAAGGCUGGUUUAUUGGAUUGAUGUGUGCGAUUGCUCUUCUCACCCUAAUGUUGUUGACUGUUUGCUUUGUGAAGAGGAACAAAGGUGGAAAGUACUCAGUAAAAGAAAAGGAAGAUCUGCAUCCAGACCCAGAAGUUCAGUCAGUGAAAGACGAAACCUUCGGUGAAUACAGUGACAGCGAUGAAAAACCUCUCAAAGGAAGCCUUCGCUCCCUUAACAGGGAUAUGCAGGCCACAGAAAGUGCCGACAGCUUAGUCGAUUAUGGAGAAGGUGACCACGGUCUAUUCAGUGAGGAUGGGUCAUUUAUUGGCGCCUAUGCUGGAUCUAAGGAGAAAGGAUCGGUGGAAAGCAAUGGAAGUUCUACAGCACCAUUUCCACUCCGAGCAUAAACGCAGAGCAUAGAAACCCAUCAGCGGUGCACACCAACAUUCCAUAUGUAUCUGCUUCAAGGGAGCAAGAACUUUUCCUCUAGGAAGAGAAACAUUGUGGCAAAAGACUUCAUCCAGAAUUCGAACUUCCUGCAGUUGUGUUGAGAACAAUAGCACUGCCUUGAAAAAGUAAAAUACCUAGCACUACACGCCUGUGUUUUUUUUUUUUU